AUGGCACAUAAGUCGCAAACACCGCAUACCCCCCCGGAGGACUGGAGAUUCUCAGACGAUGACGAGUCUUACACCUUGGAAAAUAAGGUCACGCUUGAAUCCAUCAACCAGCGAAUGACCAUAAAUUUCCCCAUCGUCUCCAAUUAUGCUUCUCACUGGGGUCCUGUGGAGGCAUUCCGCGAACUCGUACAGAAUUGGAGAGAUGGGAUCAUCAAGUCCUUCGAGAUAGCUGAGGACAGCUUUCGUGUUACAUGCACGGAGGGCAUUUAUGGAAUCAUAUUCAAAGCUUCCGGGGCUAAGAAUUCUUAUCCAGGGCAAACCAAAAUACCGGAAUGCUUAGGAUAUAUUAGAUGGUUUAAACAGAAUGGAUUCGGCACCGUGGAAGUCACGAACAGACAAGCUACACUCCAACCCUGGCACCUUGACAUGGGAGGGACGAGCAAGCGUAAUGUCACAAACCAAGCGGGCGCCCACGGGGAAGGUCUCAAAGUUGCUCUUCUAGUUCUUCUACGAAGGCCUCAGAAUCAUGCGGUCCGAUGUCGUUCUGGGGGGUUUUCAUGGACCUUCAACUUUACUAAUCAACGAAGACUUGUUACCAGUCUUACUAGGAUGACACCUACCGCAAUCCAAAAAGCCCAUGAUCAAGCAACGAGCGACGUGAAAAACAACCUAGUACCCAUUGAAACUUCACCUAGCGAAGAUGUCCAGUUUUUCAUUGGCGGCAAUGGUACUGGCCGGGAUGAGAAUGGAUUCCCAACAAAAAGGAAUGAAGUCACAAAAGAACAGUUCAGGAAUUGGACCAAAUCGGCACUUUUCCUACAGAGUGUUGAUGACAACAAUAUUGUGAGAACGGAAAGGGGAGACUUAAUCCUAGACACUCGAUUCAGCGGAAGUAUCUACCUAAAGGGUCUAUUGCUGAAAGAAUCAAGGAAUGGUAGAUCCGCUAGUAUUACUGGGAAAAAGCUGCAGUAUGGAUACAAUUUUGCAGAUGGAGUCGCGAACCGCGAGAGAGAGUUCCUAACUCAUGCCGACGACGAAUUGACGGCUAUUUUACGCAUUUGGAACCGGGCCUUCCGUAUCCAAGACAACAUGGUCGCGAAGUUCCAUGAACUCCUUAACUCCGAGAAGCCAGAAUAUGCGGAUGUCUCACAGGCGGAGUAUUUUAUCUUCUCAGAUAUGAGAGAUUAUAUUAAGAAAUUCAUUCUUAAGGAGUUCAAGGACAAGUGGCUCUAUUCCGCUAAAGAGAGAAGCCAGAACACACGGUUUGACCAGAUUGUCCAAGGCUUGGGCCGCGAGGGUCUUGAGAUAAAAGACUCCUACUGGACCAUUCUAAAGGAAUGUGGAUUUAGAACGGCAGAAGAGGAGGAAAAAAAGCAAUUCCUAGCAGCCGAACCUACUGCUAUUCCGGAUACGGGCUUCGCCCAGUCCGUCCAUCGACUGAUUCGAGCUGGCCUCGACUCAUGCCCUCAGACCGCUGAUAUAUCUGUGCUAUUCGUCAACGCUGGCAGCGUAGGGCUAGACUCCUUCUACUCACCUUCACAGGGUUUAUUCAAGGUACACGAGAAGUGGUUGACAAUAAAAGGCGCAAGGGAUGAGUUGGGGAUUUCCAGCAGAAUCCUAGAAUCCUCUCUCUUGUUCAAUACUGCUAAGCGCCUCUUCGCCGAUGCAGUUACUCAAGUCCCGACGCAUGUGUUCCACGAAGGAAAUCGUUCUCGGUAUUGGUAUCGAAAGCAAGCGAUCAGCCAAGGUGACCAGAGAAUUCUGGAGUGCACUCAAAUCAAGCAGGAUUUACGAUAUAAGGUGAGACGCAACGAGGACUCAGACACACUCGUGGUCAAGUGGAAUCCUGGUACUGGGUGGCUUCCAGAAACUUCAAUCGAUAUUCAUUUCCACUUGGAGUCGACCUGUUCAUGUCUCAAAGACUGCCUUACGGCGAGGAAAGUUCACUCGAAGAUGGAGUGUUUCAUCCAACUCAACCACGCGCAAGGUCCAGUUAACACUUGUAUGGUGAUGACAGCUUCGUUCAGAUCUGGGUCCUGUGAGUUGGAAGUGAAGAAAGGAGAACAGUACUUUAUGAUACUAUCGAACCGCUCGGACGCCAGCUCAUUCCUCAUACACUCCAGCAAGCCGUCUGCCAUAGAGGAAGUGAAUAGUCUACUAUCGAAUACUACAAUCACCUCCAAGACCCCCCAGAAAAGCCUAGCAAGUAAUGGAGCGAAAACAUUUGUCCUCAAGGAUCCAAUCGGCUCCCUAGAUAUUAUGGCUCCUCGAGACUGGUUCACUAGUACCAACUCCAUCGGGACCGAAGCAGUCAUCGGUAUCGCACAAGGCGAUACUUUUCAGGUUAUGUCCCCGUCUAUGCCAACCGUCACGCCAACGCGCAAUUGGCAACGGGGCGACGGCUACAGUAAUGGUUCCCCCCGACGCGUUCGGAGAAGACUCUUUUAA